CCUGUACGCAGUGAUACUAUUGUGCGCACUUCCGAAUCUCCCUAGAUAACCUAAUUCUUCGGAUUUCUGCAUUUCGGUUUGACUCCUCUCUGUCUCUCUGCGCCCGUGUCUCCGGUGCCGUUUAAGGGCCAAUCCUCCAUAGAAGCUACAGGUUCUACUGUUAAAGUGUUGUUUAAAUUCCAUUGAAUUGUUUUUGCUUUUGUGGGAAGAGGGACCUUAAUGCGGUUUGUUUCCUGAAUCUAGGUUUUUAGCAUCAUGCUUAGUGUGUUGUGAUUGGAGUAUACCUGUUUGAUUACUCGAGUUUUGUUAGCUGUGUUGAGUUGUUUGGUUAUGGUUCUGUAUCCUGGUUGGUGAUGAAGAAUGUGGAAAUGGCCCAAUGGCUCAAAGGGCUGCCACUGGCGCCCGAAUUUCGCCCCACAGAUACAGAAUUCUCUGACCCGAUUGCUUACAUUUCUAAAAUCGAGAGAGAAGCUAGUGCUUUUGGUAUAUGUAAAGUGAUUCCACCGUUUCCUAAGCCUUCAAAGAAAUAUGUGCUCCAUAACUUGAAUAAAUCACUCUCAAAGUGUCCGGAGUUGGGUUCUGAUGUAAAGGUUAGCUCUUCGUCGAAAAUGAGUGAUGGGGAUAAGAGGAAUGGUGAUCAUAGGGAGGUUAGGGCCUUCUUUACUACUAGGCGCCAGGAAUUGGGCCGGAGUGAGAAGAAGAAGAUGAAAGGGAUGGGUGGGAGCCAGCCAUUUGGAGCUCAGAAACAGGUGUGGCAGAGUGGAGAAGCCUACACAUUGGAUCAGUUUGAAGCAAAGUCAAAGGCUUUUGCUAGGAAUCAAUUAGGCACGGUUAAGGAUGUUUCACCAUUGGCUGUUGAGGCAAUGUUUUGGAAGGCAGUUUCUCAAGAGCCUGUUUAUGUAGAGUAUGCUAAUGAUGUGCCUGGUUCAGGUUUUGGAGAACCCCAGGGUGUUUCUAGUAUUUAUAGAAAAAAGAGGAGGAGGAGGAAGAGGGCAGUGUUUGAUAGAAACAAUACAAAAACUUGUGAUAGCGAGAAUGAAGUAGAUAUUCUUGAUAGUGAUAAUAUAGAUAAAGAUUCAUGUUGUGCUAGUCCUAAUUUAUGUACAGAGUCACCAUCUGCUUGUUCAACAUCCUCUCAACAAAGUCAAAUUUCACCAGUACCUGGGCCAAAGGGUUUAAGUGACAGUAAUGACGUUGAAGGUACUGCUGGUUGGAAGCUAGCAAACAGUGCCUGGAAUUUACAAGCAAUAGCAAGGUCACCUGGAUCAAUAACCCGUUAUAUGCCGGAUGAUAUUCCUGGGGUUACUUCUCCUAUGGUCUAUAUUGGUAUGUUAUUCAGUUGGUUUGCUUGGCAUGUUGAAGACCAUGAGCUUCACAGCUUGAAUUUCCUUCACAUGGGAUCCCCAAAAACUUGGUAUGCAGUGCCGGGUGACUAUGCAUUUAAAUUCGAAGAAGUCACUCGAGUCCAUGCUUAUGGAGACAGUACUGACCGUUUAGCUGCUCUCACUCUAUUGGGUGAGAAAACUACUCUUCUAUCACCUGAAGUAAUUGUUUCAUCAGGCAUCCCCUGUUGCAGGUUAGUACAGUACCCUGGAGAAUUUGUGGUUACUUUUCCAAGGGCGUACCACAUAGGAUUCAGUCAUGGUUUCAAUUGUGGAGAGGCUGCUAACUUUGGAACUCCACAGUGGCUUACAGUAGCUAAAGAUGCUGCAGUUCGUCGAGCAGCCAUGAAUUACCUUCCCAUGCUUUCUCAUCAGCAGUUGCUAUACCUAUUGACCAUGUCUUUUGUUUCAAGAGUGCCAAAGUCAUUGCUACCAGGGGUGCGUAGCUCACGCUUGAGAGAUCGCCAGAAGGAAGAAAGAGAGACUUUGGUGAAGAAAGCAUUUGUGGAAGAUGUUAUAAAGGAGAAUGAGCUAGUAACCAUUUUACUACAGAAAAAUUCCUCUUACCAAGCAGUACUUUGGGAUGUCAAUAUGUUGCCAUCUUCUAGUAAAGAAUUUGAAUUACAAAAGUGUGUUGGUAUUGAUGUAAAAACAACAAAAGGGAGUGAACAAACUGAGAACUACGACAGUCCGGAUCUUUUAAGCCAGAUGAACUCAUAUAUGGAAAGUUUAAGUGAUUUUUGUGUGGAUGAUGAUGAUUUGUCAAACGACUUCCAUAUCGAUUCUGGUGCAUUACCUUGUAUAGCUUGUGGAAUACUGGGUUUUCCAUUUAUGGCUGUUGUAGAACCAUCAGAGAAAGCAGCAAAGAACUUUUUCUUGGAGGAUUGUCAUACAAAUGAAAACAUAGGAGACCUAAAAGACGUGGAGUCACAUUCCCAUUCACUACAGGAUGACAUAGUAGAGGGCAAUGGUGCAGUAGAUAGGUCAAUGCCACCCAAGAGGUUUGUCCUUCAUUCUCAGGAAAUGUGUUCUCGUGCUGACUCAAGACCGUCUUCUAUAUCUCAUAUGGAGGAUCAACCUCCAUUAGAUGGCCAUUCUAUAUCUCCAAGGACUGUUGCUGUCAAUCUUGAAGGGAAACAGGAUGUAUAUAAUAAAUUUCUAAGGCCACACGUAUUUUGCCUUGAGCAUGCAAUUCAAACAGAAGAGUUGCUGCGUUCAAGAGGUGGAGCAAAAGUUCUUAUUAUCUGCCAUUCAGACUUCCAGAAAAUAAGAGCUUAUGCAACAUGUAUUGCAGAGGAAAUGGACACUGCAUCUGUCUAUAAUGAGAUUCCUUUAGAUAAUGCAUCUGAUGAACAUCUUCGCUUUAUUGAUCUUGCAAUUGAAGAUGGAAACAGCGAAUGUGUUGAAGACUGGACGUCAAAACUAUGUAUCAAUUUGCUGCAUUCUGUGAAGUUGAGUAGAAAUUGUCCAGCCAAGAAACUACAGUAUGCAUUGAUUCUGAGCAGAUUGUUCCCUGAAAAAACCCUCAGUACAAAAUGUUUGAGUUUCAAAUGGGAAUCCAGAAAAGUACGCUCAAAAAGGAAGUUAAAUUGUCAAGCAGAAAGCAAACCAUCUAUGUCUCUGAAAAUGGAAGAGGAGAAGGGUUUAGGAGCAAAGUUAGACGUUCAAACAGUGAGAGAAAGAAAUAUAAUCAUUCAGUAUACAAGAAAACGAUAUAAGUUGAAGCCUUGUGCUUCUACUGAUGUCAGUAAGGCCUUUGUAGAAAGUAAUACUCUCUUUCCUCGUGAAAUCUCUAAUGCUGAUGAAAAAGCAAGAUGUGAAUCAGAAAGUACUCCAAUCAGAAAUGGACGCGCAGGAGCUGGUUCUUUAGAUAUGAGCGUCUGCACCUUAGCUUCUAAAGAGAUGCCAGAAUUGCAGGUUGAGUGUCAGACACCGACUAUAGAGGACCAAAAUGAAACUUCACAUUCAAAACAUUCUCCCGUUGUCACCACUGUAGUGGUUGAAAACCCUUUGGCCCACCCUAAAGACUCCAAGUCAGAGAAACCUGACACGGAUCUUCCAGAUCCUGAAAUAGAAUCAAAUAAAAUGCCCUUGCUACACGAAGUGAAUGAUGUUGAGAGCAGUGUACAUAUUGAGAGAGUUAAUUUUGAAGCUUCGGCUUGUUCAGUUGUAACUGCUGUUUGUAGUGCUGAAGUUUCUGAAAGUCUGAAGCAGCCUGAUUGUACAGAGAUCAGCAUCACAGAGAAGGCUAUAGAUCUCCCUAGAAUGCAUGGUUCUGAGAGAGGUGAUGGUUUUGUGACAGGAGUGUAUGUUCCCACCAACUCCUCGGGAUCUUGCAGUGAUUGCCCUUCUGAACAAAGAUCAGAUGAAGAACUAGCAGAGCAAAUAGCUGAAGGUCAAGUUGGCAGAGGCGUUGAGGCAUCUGAUUUGGAUGAUGCCAAUCACCUUGUGGUGACGCCCUCAUCUACUGCAAAUGUUGGAGGCAAAAGAAGAAGAGAGCUGGAGAUGCUUAUAGGGAAUGGGGGAUGUAAUGUUGGUGUCUUUGUCAAAAGUCCUUGUGAAGGCCUAAGGCCGAGGGCCAGGAAAGAUGCUACAUCUGGAUGUACAGGUGAUAGUAAGAUAACUGUUGACGAAAAACCAUCAGCCAGGAAACUGAGGAACUGUUCAGAGAAAUCUUCAACUUGCAAGGAUAAGAAAGAGCAAACGAGAGGAUCACACAGGUGUGACUUUGAAGGGUGUAGAAUGAGUUUCCAAACAAAGACAGAGCUAUCCCUGCACAAACGUAAUCGCUGUCCCGUCGAUGGUUGUGGGAAGAAGUUUAACUCCCAUAAAUAUGCUCUACUUCAUCAACGUGUCCAUGAAGACGAUAGACCCCUUAAAUGUCCGUGGAAGGGUUGCACCAUGUCAUUUAAGUGGGCGUGGGCAAGAACUGAACAUUUACGUGUCCACACUGGGGAGCGGCCAUACAAGUGCAAGGUUGAAGGAUGCGGCCUCACCUUCAGGUUUGUGUCAGAUUUUAGUCGACAUAGACGUAAAACUGGGCAUCACAGCAGGUGAUCCAAGUCCAAAUCUGGUUUUGUCUCAUCAGGCAGGUUGGUUCUGUAAUUUAGCUACUCUUUGAUUGAAAAAAAUCACUUAAACUAAUUUGAUCAGGUCAGGUCAUUUAGCUUUUGUUAAUCUCAAAGAACCUCAGCAUAGGGUAGGUGUAGCCUGAUACUUCUGUAGCUCCUACUAUGUAUGGGACUGAUUGCAUCUUGCAAUUAAACCCAACCCCCCCAUUAAGAUUUAUUAUUCUUUAGGGAACUUCAUAUUUGUAAGAUGCAUCCUUGAUGCUUGUCUGGAUCCUCAGAUCCUAUGUUGUCAUUUUGUCCUGAAACAUGGCUCAAGGAACUAGAUUCUAUCAUGUUGGCAGGUUGGGUUUUCUUCCCACCAUUUGGAAUUCUAUGUUAAUGAUCCAUAUUAGCUUCACUU